CGACAAUUAAUUCAGUUGGAGCAAACUGAUCGUGAUAUACGGAAUGGAUUAUUAGAUCAUGAAACUGAAGUGGCAUAUUCCUCUGAUGAAGCGUGGUUAGAUGCGGCUGAUUCUGAUAUGGAUGAGUGAAGAAUUUGAUAAUAUGGUGGACGCUGUAAUGACUGAUAGUUAUUUGGCUGAAUCUGAUGGUCCCGAUCCUUAUGGUAUUGACAUUGAACGUAUGCUUCUUAACGGAAAUGAUAAUUAUUAUGGUCCAAGAUCAUUACUCUUGCCAACACUUCAUCCUGCUCCACCACCACUUCAAGAUUUCCAAGAUGCAUUGGAGGGGUUAAGUGAUGAAGAAUUCAAUGAAGUCGAACGUGAAUUACAGAGACGACAAAGAUUAAGACAAAGUGGUGAUUUGGUUGAUCGAUUCCAACGACAAACCCAAAUUCGACUGGACGUCAAUAAUAAUCCCGAAACCAAUAAUUCAAUCCCACGUCGUCCUACUAUUCGACGGAAUCAAACUCGACCAUUCCUUGCUCCUGGUAUUACUCGAUCAUCCGAUGCUCAAUUUAAUCGACUUUUAUUAUCAUCGGCUAGACAAAGUUAUCUUAAUCCAAAUCCAAAUCCUCGAUAUUCUAUUAAUGAUGUAUCAUAUCGUGCAUCUGCCUCGUCUUCUUCAUCUGCCGCUGCUUCUGGAAGUGGUGAGUCUGCAAGAUCUCGAGAUGAAAUUCGUCCUAUACCCUUACGUCGUCAAAAUGCUAUACGAUUAAGAAGUGCUAAUCCAUAUUUUGAUGAGCUUUCUAAAUCUGUUGUCAUUAACGAUUCUAGAGUAUUUGAUAAGAAAGAUAAGUCAGAUAAUAAAAGUAUCACCAAUAAUGAUAAUGAUAAUAAUAAUAAAGAUAAUGAUAAUAAUGAUUCUAAGGAUAAUAUUGAAGAGGAUGAUGAAAAAACUGAUUGUAGUUGGAAAUCAGAGAUUAAUCUUGAAGCUCGAAAAUUACAUCGGGAUAUGACAGAUUAUUUAAUUAGAAGUAAGAAUUUAAAAUCAUUCCGAAAUAGAGGUGGUAAAUCAUUAUUAUUCCCUCUUAGUGAAUUCGAACCAAAUUAUGCUUAUUUCUUCUUACCUUCGAGUCAUUCCUUAAGAAAUGAAGGUGCAACAUAUAAUCUAGAAUUGGAUAUGGAUGUUUAUUUAAAGAGAAGAAGAUUGGAUUUAUUGUGGUUGAAACUUGCUGAAGAUUGUAAACCAGAGCCAAGAUUUAAUGCAUGUGUCAGUUAUGGCAAACGGAAAUUUCCAAAACCUUUGAUACCAAAUGAAGGUGGUGUAUUAAAAAGGCAAAAGAUUGAUCAUAAUGGUAGUGAUGGAGAAGAAGUUGAGUUUUUAAAUGAUGACUUACCAAAGAAAGUCAAAUCAAAAAUUUACAAUCCAUCCAUGAAAUCAAAGAAAGGUCAUAAGAAGACACAUUUAUUAUUAUCAAGAGAAGAUAAAGAAAAAAUCAUGAAUGUUCAAUUUAGUUCGUAUUUCCAGUCAGGGGUAAGAUAUCGUAUUUUAUUGGAUCAUUAUAAACCAUCAAUUACAGAAUGUGAUUUGGUUUUCUCAAAUAUCGAUUAUGAACAAAACUCUAUUCAAGGUUGUUUUCAAUUUCAAGAUUUUAAUCCUAUGUCAAAUGAUCCAUAUUCAUCAUUAAGAAAACAAUUGGAAAUGUUUGCUAAAUAUUUUUGUGGAAUUGAAAAGGAUUUUUAUUGGAAUAAUUUCAUAAAGAGUGAUAAUAUUAGAAGAAAAUUGAAUAUCUUGGAUAAACUACUUAAGGAUAAAAAUGUUCAUCAAAGUAUAGCUAACAAUUGUCAAGUACAGAAAUUAAUUUCUAUACCGGUUGAAGGUGAAAUUAUCGAUUUUAAAACUCAUGACUUAAGAUUCCUUCCAAGUUUAAAGUUACCUGAUAAUAAAUCAUAUGCCAAUAGACAUAGUCGACAAUCAUCACAAUCACCAGCAAACAAGUUAAAAUCAAGUAGGGCUAGAGUCCAAGUUUUGGAAUGGAUGAAAUUGGAACCAUUUCAACAAUUCAAGCAAAGUUGUCUCUUAAGUUAUUUACAACUUGUGAGAAGGAAUUUAAUUCAUUUUUCAAAUUUAAAUAUUCCCGUAGUUGACCAAGGUGAUGCAAGAUAUUUACUUGAUUCAUUUGAAAAUAAUAUGAAUGAAAUUAAAGAAGAUUUCGCUUACAUUAAACAUCAACUAUCAAAUUCAAAAGGAUUGUUACCAGGAAAGACAAGUACUUCAUCAUCAGCUCCACCAACUCCACCCAUCGCAGUUUCUGGUCAAAUGUCUCGUGCCAGAGCGGCAUUACCUCCUCCACCACCUUCAAAAUUGAAAAAUUCUGAUGAUUGGGAAAAGACGUUGGCUCGUAAGUUAUGUGAACUGAUAACAGACGAUGAUUCCAUAAGUUUAUUAAAUGUUCAAUUGAAUUAUGUUUUAUUCACUUUGAAAGUUGAUGUUUCAAAGUAUUUGGAUAUUUGUAUUAAUUUCUUCUUGGAAAAUUGUCAUGAUGAUAAAAAAUCAUACAUUUCAAAAUAUAAAAUGGUUCAUGAUAAGAUUUUAAAGGAUGAACUGAAAGAAAAAGUGGUUGAUGAUAAUAAAUUCGCAACUUUAUUAUGUUCAAUUAAUCGUAAAUCAGGGUUAUUAGAGAUUCACAAUACUUUACCGUACUUACAUUAUAAGGAUAUCAAUCCUAAACAUUCAUCACAAGUAUUAUCAAGAGUGAUGGGAAUAGGAUCAUCAGGAAGAGUUCAAUCGGAUUUUGAAAUGUUCUCUCUUGCAGAUCGUGAAGGUUUACCUCGAAGUUUUGGUGAUCUUCCAAAAGAUCUUAAUCAUCAUCUUCCUGCUAAGUCAAGUAAAUUAACAGGGACAUUAAAACGAGAUUAUUCUUCUCAUGAAGUUGGUAGUGGACAUUCUUCAUUUCAAAUGGUUUAAUAGGUACAUUAUAUAGGGUUGUUACAUAUACAUAAAAAAUAAUAAAAAUGGGUAUAUAUUAAUUUUAAUUCGUAUUUACAUGAUAUACAUCUGUAAUGUAUGCUUUCCUAAAUUAUAGCUGUCAUUACCAAAAUCCCCAACCGCCCUUACCGUCUAUUUUAUCUUGCCUCUUCUUAUUAAAGAAAUCCUUUCUACUUUCUUCACAUGGAUCAUAAAACUUUGAUGGUUCUUUCAUGGUCCAUCUAUACUUGUGUCGAUGGUUUUCUGGAUUAUCUGGAUAGAAUUUAAAAUUCUCUACUCCACCUUUGGUGAAAUCAACUUUAUCGACACUGGUUUCAACUGUAUCUG